AUGGUGAAAACUUGUUCAAUUCCCUUGUGUCCUAGCAUGGCCUCUAAAGAACUUGAAAUAAAGUUACAUAAAUUUCCUUCGUCGGAAAAAACCAAAAAUAUAUGGUUAACUUCAAUACGCAGAAGUUAUCCAACAUUUAAAGUUUAUGACCAUAGUGUCAUUUGUAGCAAACAUUUUAAUAGUGCAGACUAUAUAGUAAGUUCUCGUUCAAAAUCCCGGUCACUAAAAAAGGAUUCUAUACCAUCAGUUUUCUACUCAGAAAAUACUGUAUAUGUUUUUAAUGACAUUGAGACAAGUAAUUCAGAUUUGGAUAAUGGGGAAAUUUUACUUGGAGCAAGUCAGUUGAAUGUUUCUCCACAAUUGUAUACUGCUGACAAUAAAGAUAAUGGGGAAAUUUUACUUGGAGCAAGUCAGUUGAAUGUUUCUCCACAAUUGUAUACUGCUGAUAACAUGGUGACGCCAAAAUGUAUAAGACGUACUGGACAAUCACCAGUUAGUAUAAGGAAAAGAAAAAGCUUGUUUGGAGAUUUUCAAGCGAAUGAUUUAGACACACCGAGAAAAAGAAAAAGGUACUGGAAAGUUUCUCAACAAACGGUGGUAAAGUACAGAAAACAGGUCAAAAUUUUGAAUAAUAAAAAUCAUUGGUUAAGAAAACGUGUAAAAAAUUUAACCCAAUUGGUUGAUCAUCUCAAAAAUGAACAAAAAAUAUCUGAUGGUUGUUAUUCAAUUUUAAAAGUAAUUAUUUAUCAAGAAGACACUACCCAUGCAUUUGUUGUCUCCGUUUUACACACGCACGACAUAGGAAAUUUCCGUUCACUAGUUUCAAUUGUGUGUUGUUGGUUUUAAUAUUAGAGUGAACUGACCUAUUGUGUAUGUGAAAUAUCAAAAAUUAAAAUUAAU